CUGCAUGCAUUGCCCUCCUUUCUCCCAUCUCACCUAUAAAUCCAUCGGUUCAGAACCACAUCUACCACAGCUUCCAUCACAAAGCAAAGCACCACAACAAGCUAACUUCCAUCCCUGGCAUACCUCACACACAGAACUCACUUAACACCAUGGUCAGCGCCAAGAGGCUCGCUCAGAUGGCCAAGAAGUGGCAGAAGAUGGCGGCCAUGGGGAGGAAGAGGGUCACUCGGACUACAUCGACUGCAAAAAGAGCCGCCGAUGAGUGUUGCACGACAUCGCCGGUGGCCGUGAAGGGUCACUGCGUGGUGUACACUGCCGAUGGAGCGCGCUUCGAGGUGCCGCUAGCAUACCUCGGCACGGUGAUCAUCGGCGAGCUCCUGGGUAUGUCCCACGAAGAGUUCGGCUUCACGAGCGACGGAAGGAUCACCCUGCCAUGCGAUGCGGUGGUGAUGGAGUACGUCAUGUGCCUGCUUAGAAGGAACGCAUCGGAAGAGGUUGAAAGGGCUCUCCUGAGCUCCGUGGUCAAGAAUUGCCACCAGGAUAGAGUCUUGGAGCUGUCCAUGGGAAUUAGAUCAGUAGCUGCUUGUAGUUUCUGAAAUCCACAAAUGGGUCUUUUUAGACUUCUUAGCCAUUAUUUAGGAUGAUGUAAAUAUUUUUUUUCAUAUGGGAGAUAGUGAAUGGAACUAUAGUACGUAAAUGUAUGUUCUGUUUUCACAGCAUAGUUGAGACUCUCGAGUUCUGCGGCUACGGAUGUGAUAAGUUAA